UUUCUCGUCUCGAUUGUUGAUCUAUUCAUGUCGUUUUGACUAGCCGGGGUGAAAUUUUUUGAGUUCCCAGCCAUGUUUUGGAAUUUACGUCGGUGUCGCUUCACGAACGGAGCCGUUUCUUUCUUCAACUCCCUCAACAACAAUAACAACAGCAACAACAAUGCGGCGAGAUCCAACAACACGAACAAAGCAUUCGUGAGUAAAAAAUUGGGUUACAACAAGUUAAGCUGUCAAGAUGAGUUCCAGACUACUGACAAUGAGAACAUAGCCAAUCACAAUGUCCCCCUAACGGAUUGCACGCUAGACGAUGUUUUUGACACGAGCAGCACGUCCGACUUUGAUCUCGAGGAGGAGGAAGAUUUUUCAGACUCGGAUAUGGAUGCUCUUGCUGCGACACGCUAUUUUCAUCCUUGCAGGCUCUGGAGCAUCACAAGGAGGAGCUGGAGCACUGGUCAGGCGACGAAACGAGCGUCUUGCCGUGCCGCCGGUGUCAAGAGGAGGAAGAAGAGGAUGACUGUUCUAGUCAGGAAAGCGAGGAACUUGAGCGCCUCUUGUAAAAAGUUGUACUAAAAGAGCACGUGUUAAACCCCUUCGGCUUGACGUUUAAACCUCAAGAAAUUUAAGAAAAAUUCCCAAUUCUCAUAGAAAAGCAGAAUCCUGUCGCAGGAUUGAGUCUUCACGUGGACGGAGAGAGCUAACCCCCUCUUCCAUCUAUAUAUUCGGGAGAUCGGAGGGAAUAAGUAAAUUUUUCCGUCCUCGCUAAUGCAAGAACAGGCGCGAAAAAAAUGGAGCCUUUAAAUUCUUUUCUUCAUUUGCAUCUUCAGGUGAUAUGAGAUACAAAUAUCUGGACAGGGGCGGUCUGGUUAGGAGUGCCAGAGUGCUUCAGUACCCAAAAACUUCUGACGAGUGGCUCAGGGGGCCCCGUCAAGUUUCUUUUAGAGACUCCCAAAACUUGAAAAACCCACGCACAUAAAGGAGGAUUUUAGGUUAAUUAGAGGGCGUCCCACCCGAGAGAAUAGGCCCCGAAAACGUAUCAGCACCCCAAAAAUUUCCGAGCCCGACCGACACUGUACUUGGGUACAGAAGUAGGUAAUUUUGCGUUGAGAAACCGCCAUUUUCGUUCAUUUCAGAAGCAGUCAAGCAACUUAUAGACGUAUUUAAUUCAGCAGAAACUGUCUCCAUCGAGUCGCGAUCCCUAAGAUCAACAAUAAACCAAUCGUAGAAGGGCCCGUUAGAGUGCGGCUUAUUUGUUUGCUGAAAAAAGUUGGAAAAGCACAGUUUUCCGGUUUCCAAUAGGUGCCGUUACAAAAAGAAAGAGAAAAACUGUAAAAUUUUAAACCGAUUGGACCAUAACCGAGUAACCGUUUCGAUACAAAAACUGUUUUUUCCCCUGUAAAAACGCGUCGUGGAUAAGGAAGUGCAUCGGUUCAAGAGAAAAGGGGGCAAUUUUACAAAAAAAUUAUACUUGCAGUGAAUUUAUUUGCAAAGAUAUCACUGAAUAAGUGCAUUCAUCGGAACAUGUUUCCUCUCCUAGGUCGGAGAUAAUAUUUUCUUCGCUCUCAAAAAGACAACCAAAAAAAAAAAAAAAAAAAAAAACAUAAAAGGUCCGUGUCCCCGUUUAGAUCUUUGUGAAUAAAUCUGAAAAGAAUAAGGACAAAUCUCUGACGAUGUCAACAAGAAAUAUUGUUGUUCAAUAUCUAAAACAAAUUACCUACAUAAAAAUAAAACACGAGUAGAGGUGUGCACUUUUCUCUUCCUCCCUUAUUCCUCUCUCUCCCCCUCCCUCUCCCCCCUCCCUCUCUCUCACCCAUCUCUCUCCAUCCCUCUCUCCCCCGCUUUCCUCCAUCUCUUUCAGCUUUUAUUUCCAACCUUAUGCCUUCUUUACGAGCCCCUAAUCGACAAUGUGAACUUGGGUAAUUAUAACUCCAAACUUAAAAAAGAGGAAAAAUAAAGAAGGAACUUGUUUCAUUAGUCACAGAAUACAUGUAUGCUUCAGAAGUAUUGCAUGAUCUAUACGGUAUUAAGCACCAAGAGGAAAUGUAAUGUCCCUCAAAAUACUUACGAACAGUUUUCAUUUAAACGUGUUGUGAAACAACCCGAGGUGUUGCCAAACCCAGAACUCAUUCAAAAUAUCAACGAAUACCUAAAA